AUGGGACGACUAUUCAAAGAGUAUAUAAAAAGCCGUGACAUAUACAGCUGUUCCGAGUGCCAGAAUCAUUUAACAUGUUUAGAUGAUCUUGUAUCUACGAGCUUUAGGGGUAGAACAGGAUCUGCUUGGUUAUUUUCUAGAGUAAUUAACGUAACAGAAGGCCCCUUUGAGGAUAGGAUGAUGACCACGGGACAGCAUACAAUUGUUGAUAUAUACUGCAAUGAUUGUGGCUCAAAUCUUGGCUGGAAGUACCAAGAGGCGACAGAGGAAUCGGAAAAAUAUAAGUGCGGCAUGUAUAUUCUCGAGAAAGCACUAUUGACACGACUCACGCAUGACCCUACCAACUAA